ACCUUGUUCACUCUACUUUCAAGUCAGCACAACAUACUGCAAAGAUGGGAAAACCAAAGAAAGCAAAUCCAAGUGAAAAGACGAAUAAAGUCUCAUUAGAGCAGGACAUUCAGAGCAUAAAGUUUGCCAAAAGUAAAGGUAGAAAUAAAAUUCGCUUGCGUCAAGAUGAAACUGAACAGUUUGUCAAUUCCAAUUUGUCUCGCAAAAUCUUGUCUGAAGCGCGUAAACAGCAGAGAGAAAUGGACAUGGACGAAGAUUCUGAAAUACCAAAAUCAUCUCAGAACCCAUCAUUGAAUCUGGACAUGGGUGAAAGUUCUGAUCAGGAACUUGAAGAAGACACUCUAGAACCAGAUACUUUCUUUGAAAACAUAGAAAUCGACGAAGAUGACGAAGCUGCAAUGGAAAAGUUCAUGAGCACCAAUCCUGCACCAAGAAGAACUUUGGCUGAUAUCAUCAUGGAGAAAAUCACAGAGAAACAGACCGAAUUAGACACACAUUUCAGUGAUGCUGGGUCUUUGCAGCUUCAAGACCUGGAUCCUAGAGUGAAGCAGAUGUAUGAAGGUGUCAGAGAUGUUCUUAGGAAGUACAGGAGUGGGAAGUUGCCUAAAGCUUUCAAAAUCAUCCCCAAACUGAAAAAUUGGGAGCAAAUACUAUAUAUAACAGAUCCUCCUACUUGGACUGCUGCUGCCAUGUAUCAGGCAACCAGAAUUUUUGCAUCUAAUCUAAAGGACAAAAUGGCACAACGCUUCUUCAAUUUGGUACUACUCCCACGAAUUAGGGAUGACUUGGCUGAAUACAAAAGAUUGAAUUUCCAUUUGUAUCAAGCUCUAAGGAAAUCCUUGUUCAAAUCUGGAGGAUUCAUGAAAGGGAUUUUGCUUCCUUUAUUAGAAAGCGGAAAUUGCACCCUUAGGGAAGCAAUUAUUAUUGGAUCUGUGGUUACAAGAAAUUCCAUCCCGAUUUUGCAUUCAUCUGCAGCAAUUCUGAAAAUAGCUGAGAUGGAUUAUACAGGCGCCAAUUCAAUUUUUCUAAGAAUAUUUUUCGAUAAAAAAUAUGCAUUGCCAUACAGGGUUGUAGAUGCUUGUGUUUUUCAUUUUUUGAGGUUUGAAAAUGAUCCUCGUGAACUUCCUGUACUAUGGCAUCAAGCAUUUUUGGCGUUCGUGCAGAGAUACAAAGCAGAUAUCUCCAGUGAACAGAGAGACAGUUUGUUGCAACUCUUAAAGAAGCAAUAUCAUCAUACAAUAACAGCAGAAAUUAGGAGGGAGUUGCAAAACGCAAAAUGCAGAGAUUUGGAAGAUGCUACACCGCAAAUGGACAUGGAUUAGAAAUUGAGAU